GUGGGGCAGGAGGGAUAAGGGGAUAUUACUACGUCGACAUCAGUGAUUACUACGCACGUGUCCCUCCCAUUCCCGCAAGCUCCAGCGGCAACGAUGCUCGGAUGUGCAAUCGCAGACGGUCUGUUCGCGAGCCAAACAACUUUUUUCCGAGUGCAGUUUGUGGCGCGGCAAUGGAGUUUGGCAAGGGCAAACCUCACCGGUGGGUCGACCCUUGUUCGGAGUCAAGUAGUCAAGCAGAGCCCCCGACGUUUUGGGAUUCUAUUUCGACCAAAAAGUAGCGGCACCGUGCGCAUGCCUUUUCCGACUUCAUUUUAUAGCGCGCCUAUUCAAAUACGGGGGGCCCAUACGAGACCGUACGACAUUGAAACCAAUUUGCCCAAGGACGUUAUACUCUUCAAGUACGACAACCCCAAAUACUUUAAGCGGCUGAAUAUUUUCGCGAUUUCCCAAUUAUUACUCUGGACUUACAUUGCCCAGUUUGUUUACACAGAGCUAAGAGAUGCUCCCGUCGUAGAAGUGAGUAAGGAAGAUCAACAGUGGUGGCAGCGCGUCAAUUUCGGUGAAGCGAGUAACCGGAAGAUAUUAACUUUUAUCGUUUGGUUUGUCGGAUGCAGCCUCUUUUGUCUUUCUUGGAUGUACAUUUUGAAGUCCGUGAGGUACCUGGUUCUCAGGAAGGGAGGAAGAGAAAUUACCUUGGUGACUUACGCUCCGUUCGGGGAGAACAGGAUGAGAACUGUCACCUUGGACAAGGUGACUUCCAAACAGAGUAGAGAGAAGGCGACGGUUCACAUUCCGAUUAAGGUCAAGGGGGAUUGGAUGCAUUAUCUCCUCGAUAUUAAAGGAGAGUUCAAAAAUCCGCAACUUUUCGACUUUACAGCUGGGUUGAAGAGGCAGAUAUAGUCAUACAGUAUCUACGAUAGCUCAAAGCUCCAUCAAUCACGAGCGUUUGCAAAAUAAUUAUUCUUAAGUUCCAACUAUGUACGAUGUCAUUUUUGUUAAAUGAGGUUCAAUAAAGGUCACGAGUGAAAAUAA